AUGCCAGUUGAAACCCAGAGUCGUCUCCGUCAAAUCUCUCUCGCGCUGAGCAAUAACACCUGCGAUGCCGAAGAACACCUUGUAUCUCCAGCACAGACAGAUAAAUCCACCCGACUACGAGAGCGAGAAUUGAAUACGAAGACGCUCGGAGUGCCCUGUCCCAAGUUUGGGUGGCCACACGAUGCGCAUUUGCAGAGUUGUCCGCAUCCAAUGCGGAUGACCAAAGAUCACACGGAUGAUCUGAAAGAAUUGCACGAGGCGCUGGUGCUAGCAAUUAACAAUAUUGUGGAAAGAUGGUGGAGGGACGAAGAGGCGGCUUUUUGGAAGAGAAUGCCGCUUGAUGAACACGAAGAACUUCUUCUGCGGUGGAUCGAUUCACAAAGUGGUAAGGAAUCAUCCCGUCCAUUUGAAAAACAUCAAGGCUCUUGGAGACCAGACUUUUUGAUCGAAGAGGUCCCGACACUCGAUGCGCAAGAAAAGCCGAAAGAGCAAUUUCGUAUCUGCGAAAUUAACGCCCGAUUUGCUUUCAAUGGAUUCCUCAUCACUGCAUAUGGGCAGCAAGCUUUACUUGCUCUAGGGGCUGAAGAAAAUGGGUUCAGCGGAGGGGCAGAGUCCGCAGAAAUAGUUGACGGACUGUUCACGUUGUUCGAUCCUGAGACACCACUCCAUCUCCUCAAAGGCACCGAGGGAGGCCACGAUAUCCUCAUGUUUCUGGAGUGCGCAGAGCGACGAACCGGAGUUAUUCCCAGGAUAAUUUCUCCGCAGGAUCUGCGACUGGUGUCGGAUCCAGCCUCGAAGACCGGUUACAAGCUCUGCUGUGUGAUUGAUGUUGAGCAAGCAUUGUCAGAAAACACAAAACACCCAAAGUCUUCGGUAUUCACCGAUCAGGAGACAGGAGAGGUUUUGGAAGUGAUUGACCAGGUAGCACUUGAAUUGCACCAGCAUGAACUUCGGGCACUGUCGACCGAUAUGAUCCAGCAUAUUUCUGAGCGCUGCUUCAACGAAUUCAGAUCCCUAUUCUUGGUACACGACAAGAGGAUGUUAGGAAUUAUUCACCAGGAGCUGGAUUCUUUGUCUCACAAGCAUGGUAUUCUUACCAGGCGUCAAGCGGAUGUUCUGCGCCGAGGCAUUGUGCAUACCAUUCUCCCCGGCUCUCCAGAGCUCAAAGUCUUCGUCGAGAAAUGCCAGAAAGAGUUGACCUUCAAGGACAAAUACAUCCUCAAACCUGUGCGCGGGGGCAAGGGCGAAGGAAUCCUAUUCGGUGACGAUUUAACGCCUGAAGAAUGGAACGAAAAGCUGCGAGGACUUGGAAAUGCAGGUUUGGUUCAGGGAGGCACUACCUACGUGGUACAACGUCAGGUCGAACAACCCCUGUAUGAAGUAUUAUUGAGAGAGGAGGAAGGUUUGCAGCGCAAUCGUCUUGUUGGGACGUACAUGUCUGUCCACGGGAAAUAUCUAGGCGUUGGAUGUUGGCGCAGUGGCCCAGGGCGCGUAUGUGCCAUCAGCCAUGGAGGCGCAUGGAUGGUGUCUGUUAUAGGAGGAAAUUAG